AUGUAUUCUAGCGAGCCUACCAGAGUCAGAGCAUAUCAUGGUAAAGGCGGCGGCAAGGGGCGUGGGAAGGGCCAUGACCGCCGUCAUGAUGAAGGGGAUGGUCGUCGGGCCUACCAUGGGAAGGGACGUUAUGGUGGGAAAGGGAAGGGCAAGGGCCGAGACGAUAGCAGUCGAUACGAUCCGGAUUACGACAGAGGAGAAUCUAGUAGGAAGAAGGGUGGGGCACGGCAUAAAAUUGACCUGCCCCCACCACUAUCCUUCGCUAGUAGCUUAGUGCUUAAUGAACCUAUCAAGGCCAAUACUACCGAUAAGAUUGAUGAGGAAUGCUCAUUGUGCAUGGAGAAAUUGGUGUAUGUAGCCGUUGGUCAUUGUGGUCAUCACGAUAUAUGCUGGUUAUGUGCAUUACGUCUGCGAUGGUUGAUGAAUGACCACUCUUGCCCUAUGUGCAAAGAGGAUCUCGAUACCUUAGUGUUGGUACAUCGGGAUCAAUACGAUCCCACUAUAUCAUUGGAUACCCUCAUUGCCUCCAAGAAAAGGCCACUCAUGAAAGAUAAGGACCAAUCCGACAUCUAUUACGGUGAUAAGAGGAUCCGGAAAAUAUGCCAGAUGAUAAGACAAUACCGCUGUGGUUUCUGCACCAGCUGGGAUGGUGAUGGAUCGACCGAGGCUGAGAGGGAGGAUAAAUGGGCCUUCCGUACUCUAGGAGAUCUUCGUACACACCUUCGGAAGCAACAUUCCCGAGACUUUUGUACGAUAUGCCUCAAUGAGAGAGAGGUCUUCAUCUUAGAGCAAUACCUGUAUACUACGAUGAACCAUGGGGCUGAUAUCGACCGCCACUGUCGUCGUGGAGAUCCUGAUCUAAGGCCGCCUGUGGACAGUCAUCCUUCUUGUGACUUCUGCAACCCCUCUGGAAGAAAUGAUCACCGUUUCUACUCGGCUGAUCAGCUUACGACCCAUAUGAGGAAGAACCAUUUCACGUGUCAUCUCUGUGAGAGCAUGGGAUGGCGUAAUGAGUAUUAUAAGGAUUACUUUGCCUUGUAA